AUGGAUACUCAGAUGGCGAUGAGUGGAGGGCCGAAGACGAGUAGUUUCACGGUCAAAGACAUUCUGGACUUACCGGAGGGUAAGGCGAGUUGUAGCCCCGGGCAGACCGGAACACGUACUGUCAACAGCGGUCAACUCUCCAUCGUCAGUGUGCCGGAGGUACCGGAUCUACCCGUGGUCGGUUCUUACUACGACAGCGCCGAGAACCCUUACACUCGGUGGUUACAGAAUAAUGAGCAUAUGCAAUAUUCAAACCUGGCGCAGCUCUCUUCGGGUAACAACCACGCGCACUCUCCGGUUGGAAGUGACUGUAGUCAGGGGUCACCUCACUCCGACUGCAGCUCCGAAGACAUUAAACCUUCCAAACUGAAUUGUAGUGACAAUAACAACAGCAGCGAUUCUCACAACAACCAGCAAAGUUCAGAAAGUCAGAAAAAGAGAAAAAGAAGAGUUUUAUUUUCAAAAGCACAGACUUAUGAGUUGGAGAGACGGUUUCGGCAACAGCGUUACCUUUCAGCUCCGGAACGUGAGCAUCUUGCCAGCAUUAUACGACUCACCCCGACGCAGGUGAAAAUAUGGUUCCAAAAUCACCGCUACAAGUUAAAGCGCCAACGACAGGAGAAAGGGUUGGACAUGAAUCCACUCCCGUCUCCCCGGCGUGUGGCUGUACCUGUGCUAGUCAGGGACGGCAAACCUUGUCAACCCAACAGUGUCAACGGUCUUGUAAAAUCACAGGACCCACUCCAGCUUCAGCAUCAUAACCUUGGCAUGGGCUCCGGGAGUUUAUCCCAUGUGAACCCUAUGAACUCCAUGUCCAUGAGCUCUCUCAGUGGUAUGAACCCCAACAUGAACUCCUCACUGGCGAGCUCCAUGAACUCAUCGUAUAACAUGAGCUCGGUGAACUUAAACGUGAACAUGAAUAUGAACAAUAUGAAUGUGUUACCGAGUUAUAGCCAUCCUUUGAUGCAGCCCCAGACGCGGUGGUGGUAACCCGGGCUCUCCACGUGGUCAACACCAUGUCUGUACCCCUGUAUAGGACCGGCCACUCACUCAUUGUUCUAAAUAGAAUCUUUUAGGCAGCUUAUGUUUCCGUUCAUAGUUGCGUUGACAGCCAUGUCACAGGCAGUAUACAUAUAACGUCGCACAGGUGCCCGUCCCAUUUUGACCCAAUUUUUAAUUCCCAGUCCUCAUAACAACAGAGUCUCACACAGUUGGAGAUAGUGCAAUUUCUGCAUUGCCUAGGACAGAGAACAUCGCAUGUGAAUAUAUCGACAACAGCACGACUUUCCGCAGGAACUUUGAUUAUCCCAUGUGUUGUGAGCCGAGACUGACAGCGUACAUGACACUAUCGGCCGUCAGGUGGCCCACGCCUGUAAUCUGUGUAGUUGUGUAUAUUGAGGUAUACAUAAAGGUUAAUAUACCGAUACUUUGGGCCUAGUCUACACGUCGUUGGUAUAGUAUACCGGUAUGUGAGUAUGAACUAUACUGCCUUCAGAUAGAUCGGGGUAACAGGGGGUGGAAUAUUUUAGACUGUAACCUUGGCGUCUGAAUCUAUGGCAACAGGGGACCGUACAAAUAUAUCUCUGAUACACUCCCGUUACCGUAUCUGAAUGUUUUUAAAACUGUACCCUAAGAAAUCACCCUAGAUUUAUCGGCGUUAGCAUGGCGAUAAAGCCAAAAAACACACUCAUAUGGUGCAAUGUAUGAUUUCUUUAUUUAUUUUCAUCGUCACUAAUCUUUCUAUGUUAUAGCUUUAAAAUAUAAAUUCAAACGGCAGUGCCUUAUAUGAAAAAAACGUGAAUUUUUCUUUCUUCUUUGUUUUUAAACCUAAAAGCUGUUCAUAUUUUGUGUCCACAUUAACAAAGUAGAUGCUGUUAUGAUUUCUUUAAAAAUGUUUUUAAAACAAAAGUCCAUAUUGACAAGAAAAUAUAAUUUGCUAUUUUGAAAGAUUCUGAAAAAACGUUACUAUAUAUGUGUGCUGCAGAUAUCGACGUGAAAACUCUCACUGAAAGUGAAAUGAUAUGGCAACGCUCGAUUGUGCUAAUUAUUUUAACAGAAAACACAAUGGUAUAAGUUAAACAUAAUGUUCUAGAAUAAAUGAUGACUUUUAAAAUUAUACUUCAUCUUCAAAGUGACGAAAUGCUUAAUAGUUGUGAAGACCAGUUGUCUUUAUUUAUACGUCGGUCUACGUCCUUGUAUAUACAUAGUACAUUUUUGUUAAACAUCAGAUGAACAUCCACAUUCAUUUGCGUGUAAUUUCACCCCAUCAUUAAUUUCAUUAAAAUAUUUA